AUGCGUUUCUGGGCAUAUCGGACAUUAUUAUUAACAACAUGGACUGCGAUGGUGAUAAAGCCACAAGUGAUGGCCCAAUUGGACCCGCAAAAGCUUGCAGCUAUUGAGGAGUUUCUAACGGAGACAAUGGCAUGUCGGAAUAUUCCUGGUCUACAGAUUGCAUUGGUAACUAGUGAGGAAGUGCUCAUGGCAAAGGGGUACGGUCUCUCAAACAUCGAGAAGAAAACACCGAUGACUGAAAGGACAGUAACUUCUAUUCAGUCGAUCUCAAAGGGAAUGCUCUCGACGCUUGUUGCAGCCGUCCUUUCUGAUCUCAACCAAAGUGGGUUAGAUUUUGACACGCGCUUGCAAGCCAUCAUGGGAGAAGACUUCAAUACAUCUGAUCCCUUGGUAACGGAAUAUGCGAGUUUGAAAGAUUUCUUGGCCAUGAAGAGUGGAUGUAACUUUCCCGAAGUCCUUGUUGAGAGCUUCCAAGUUAUGUCACCUGAUGAGUUCACGAGAAAUCUCAAACACUACAAAUGUCAAUGGCGAUUUCGAACUGGGAUGCAUUACUCAACAACAGGUUACCUCGUCGUCUCAAAGGCUUUAGAGAAAUUAACUGGUAAAUCGUUUGAUCAGCUGAUGAAAGAAUACAUCUUUAACCCACUGGGUAUGACAGACUCGGACAUUGUGUCAAAAGCUACAGAAAUAUAUGGAUUUUCCCACGCUUACACAACUGGUUCUGAUGACAUAUCAGAUGUAGAAGUGACUCCUGCAUUUAUAAGCCAGAGUGGCUACAUGAUGGGUGGAGCGGGCGUAGCCUUUAAUGCAAAUGAUAUGGCAAAUCAGAGUGGCCACAUGAUGGGUGGAGCGGGUGUAGCCUCUAAUGCAAAUGAUAUGGCAAAGUAUCUUCAAAUGCAUUUAAAUAAUGGGAAAAAUCAAGAUGGACAGCAAAUCAUUGAUGAAUCCAAUUUGAGGAUCACGAAAGAAAACUGGAAUGUCUAUAAGUAUAAACCUUAUUCACUACCCAGACCUACAUUUCCAGAGGGAUUGGUCAGUGGGGCAUAUGGGUUUGGAUGGAUCAAGGGAUACCAAAAAGGAUAUGCAAUGCUUCAUCAUCCUGGAAAUUAUGCUUAUUACCGGACCCAUGUUGUGAUCUGGCCCGAUUUAGACUUGGCCUUGUUCUUACACACAAACGGUAGACAAUUCAUUGACCAAAUCGAUGCCACUUUUGCAAACUUCAUAUACAUUCUUGAUGUCUUGAAUGGGGAUGUUCCUUGGUUGAACACAACAACCAGAUGUAGUUUUCCAGAGCCGUGGCGGACAGCAGUCAAGGCGCUCCCGGAAUCCAUUCCUACUGACCUUGAUCCGGCGUUGUCCUUGGAAAAAUAUGUAGGUUACUAUGGACAACCAGGCUAUGGAUGCUUUCAAGUAACAUUAAUUAAUGCUGUCUUAGAAAUGACGUAUGGAAAGACGGGAGAGUUUGAACUUCACGCCACUGGUAAUGGACACGAAUUCUGGCGGAAAGGCAAGGGCCUGCAAGCCUGGAGGUGGAGUAAACAAGAUUGGUACUUCGCAGAGAGUCCAUAUCCGCGGACUUGUGAGUUUUUUGUGGACUCUGGGAAUGUGACUGGGGCGAGUUGUAAGUUUGAUUUUAACUACGAAGGAUAUGAAAAGAUUAAUGGAGAGAAGCCAGAGAUUGAAGCACUGUGUUCGGAGUAUACAACAGGAAUUCCGUCUGAGUCAAGAACACCCCUCCCAACACCUGAACUCUUGCUACCUACUUGGGCAAUAGUUGUUAUUACCGUUGCUGUUGGACUAGUGGUCGCAGCUAUAUUUGGCUGCAUCAUAUAUAGAGGAAGAAAGAUGAAACGUAAGGAAGCUAAAGACACGUUACCCGAUAGUAACGCCUACCUGUAUGGACGUCAAAAUACUGAACUCAGUGACGCUGCAGAUGAUAAAAACAUUGUUCCAAUGGACUACGAAACUGCUGUUGGAGAAAUUAAUCCAGGCGCAACAGUGGAGAGACAUUUGGAUGCUAUGAAUGAUCUGAAUGAAAGCACUGGUGAUACAGACAGUGCUGGAGGGCCCCGCUCCACAACUGUUAGAGUCGAAUAUCAGCCAGAUGCGAACCCAUCACAAUUGUAG